AUGUCCCUCCGACCGGACGACCGAUCGGGCCGUCAACGGUCAGGCUCAACAGUCUCAGGCCGGACGCGCGACAGAUCGCGCAGCAACGUGCGAGCACCUGAAGCACCCGAACCCCCGAGUGCUCUCCGACAAUCGCAAUACGGCCAAAUCCCACCUCCCUCAUCGGGCAUGCCAGGCGGGUUUGACGACCCAUCGGCGCCGCGCUAUGAAAUUUAUGAGCCCUCGUCCGUAAGCAGCAGGAACGGCCAGCGAUCAGAUCCCUACGAGACCAACCCGAGGAAUGUGUUGCCAUAUCCGGAGCGUGACAACGGCUAUUCUACCAAGGAUUACGGGGACUUUCCACCGCCGGACCGCUUUGGCAAUGCUGGUUAUCCUCCACCGCCGCCGGCUCUUGGCGGGAAAGGCUCGCGAAAUGACGACGAUGACCUUGCCUUUGGGGAUGAAUUUUCGCGCUUCAAGGAAUCACUCUCACGACAGCCUUCCACUUCCCAGCGCAGCCAAGGAGGUGCCUCGGCGGACCCGCGCUAUGCUCCGGAGCCGCAGUAUGUUGAAUAUGCUCCCAAAGGUGUAGAUCUUCCUCCUCAUGGCGCCGGAAUCCCUCCACCACCCAGGCGGGAUGAUAGAGGAUAUCCUGAGCCAGCAUCGGGCCCGCGGGACCCAUAUCGGGAUGGGCCCUCACGUGAGAGCCUCUCUCGGACCAAUUCCUACGGCCGUGAUGUGCAGACUGUUGAGAUGGCUCCUCGAGGAGCGAUGAGUCGUCACAACUCCACUUCGAAACAGAACCGUCUGUCAAUAGGCCCACCGGAGUCGGCACUGGUCCCUCGGAUGAACCACCUGUCGGUCGGCGGAGGAGGGUCUCGCCCGGAAGGUAAUGGUAUGGGUGGUGGCAUGCCGCCCCCGAGUCCUCUACUGGAAGCCUACCGUGGAACCUAUCAGUCGAUCUCGCCCAUGCCGCUUGCGCUCCGGCCUGCGGAUGACUCGGACCUUUCCGACCUGGAACCUCUAGACGCGCCACCUUCCCGAGGAGGUCCGCGCUACAACGACCGGCUAGCCAAAGAAGCCUACGAGUACAAGUCCAAAAAGAAGCACAUCACCAUCUACAGCGGCGAGGACGACGCCAAGACCAUCGCCGCCGCGCUCAAACACCACAACGUCGACACCGACGCCAUCUGCGACGUCCUCCCGGGCCUCACGCACGACAACGUGAUGGAGCUCCGCAAGGAAUACAAGAAACUCGUCAAGGUCCAAGGCAAAGGCGUCAACAUCUCCAAACACAUCAAGACCAAGAUCACGGGCAACUUCGGGAAGGCCGUCUACAUCGUCUCGCUCGGCCGCUGGGAGAGCGAGGGCUACUGGGCGAACUUCUGGUACCAAUCCCACGGCAGCCGCCGGGAGCUCCUGAUCGAGAGCCUCAUGGGCCGUACCAACGCCGAGAUCCGCAUGAUCAAGGAUGAUUUCAAGGACAAACGCUACGGGGACAGUCUGACCCGCUGCAUGGAGAAGGAGCUCAAGAUGGACAAGUUCCGGACGGCGGUCCUCAUGGUCCUCGAGGAGCGGCGCCAGGAGGAGCAGGAUUCCUACCCGACCGAGUACAUCCACCGGGACGUCGAGGUGCUCAACCGGGCGGUGCGCGCCGAGAAGGGGGGCGAGACGGCCAUGUUGGAGAUCAUCGUCCGCAGGAGCGACGCGCAUCUCCGGGAGGUGCUGCGGUCGUAUGAGAAAUUCCACCGGGACAACUUCGCGAGGGAGGCGCUGCGGAAGAGCGGCAAUUUAGUGGGCGAAGUCAUAGCCCACAUCCUCAACGGCGUCAUCAACAAACCCGCGCGCGACGCCCUCCUCCUCCAGCACGCCAUCCAAGACAUCGCCGCGCACAACAAGGACGACGAGCUCCGCUACGAACUGCUGAUCUCCCGCCUCGUCCGCCUGCACUGGGACCGCGCCCACCUGACGCGCGUCAAGCGGGAGUACUACGACAAGUACCGCAUCACCCUCGAACAGGCCUUGGACCAGGCCACCAAGGGGGAAUUCCGCGAGUUCGUGGUGGGCUUGUGUGCGACGAAGUGA